AUGGCGCCAGAGAUCUUCUUCAGCGUGUGCUACGGUGACCACAAUCCAUCUGCAGCAAUCCGCGGCCUGCACACUUUUACACCCGCGAUACUUGAAGAUUAUUGCCGUCACAGAGUACAAUAUGCAGAUUAUCCAGCAGCUGUUCCGGAAGCGGGACACAAAAUACGCGGGAUAUAUGUUACAGGAUUGACGGAUGCCAAUAUGGAAAAAUUAGAUUACUUUGAAGGCUCAGAAUAUGAGCGACGCAUCGUCAAGGUACAAGUGCUUGUGAAAGAUGGAGGCGAGGAAGUGCUAGGCCCAGAGAAGAGCGCGUCGGUAUAUGUUUUUUUGAAACCCGAUGAGCUGGAGAGGGGUGAAUGGGAUUUUGAAGAAUUUCGCCGGGAAAAAAUGAAGCUCUGGACCCGUGGUGAUUGGGCCUUUGGUACGUUUGUCUGCAAUCGCGGAGAUGAUAUUGCUAACGAUUUGGACAAAGAAGAUGACGACAAAGCUGCAGUGAACGGCGUGGCUUAA